AUGGAGACGACAGGCGUCGAGACUAAGAGCGACCUUGAAAGUGAUAUCGAGCAAUACGAAAUGACCGACGAUGAAGAUGAAAAAGAGGAGAAGACAGAGCAUUCAUUAAACUCUAAAAAAAGGGUUACAAGUAAGCGUAAACGCUCGAUAUCCCAGAAUGAUAAAGAAGAGGUCGCUCGUCGUCGUCGACGACGUCGUUCUCUGGCAUAUCAACAACGUCGACGUUCCCUUACAUCUGGUGAAAAGAAAUCGAGUACAAUAUCAGGAACUGGAGGGUUGAGUGCAACUCCAGCACGUAAUAAGCAAUACAUUAGUGAAAUGUAUUCAACUAUUAUCAAAAUGUCGUCGGAAAAUAAAAUUAAUGUCAAGAAUUCCUGGUCACUUCAUUUAAUUGAUCAUAUGGAAGAUAUUCUUGAUUCCUCGAAACGAAGUGGUGAUACAGUUGAUGAUACGUACAAUUUUCAAAAAGCAAGUUGUACAUUAGAUGCAAGUAUUAAAAUUUAUUCCUAUCGAGUGGAUGAUACUUGGAAUUCGUCGUACAAGAUUUUGGAAAAUUUAUCACGUACAGAGCAAAAACAUGGUACAGAUGAUGAAAUGGAAGUGAAACGUAAAGUUGGACGCAAGACAACGAAAACGCAUGCACGAACGAUUGAAAAGAAUUUGAACAACAUUAAUUUAAAAAAUUAUGAAAUGGAAUGUGAAGCUGAUCCUUUAUUUCAUAAGAUGUCGCAAUCAUUUGAUGAAGGAGGGGCAAAAGGAAUGUUGUUGGCAAAUUUAAGUGUUUAUGAUGGUUGUAAAAUCUUGUUAAAUUCAUCAGAUGUGAGUUAUGUGACUCGUAAACCAAUUUAUGAAACUACAGCCAAGUCAGAAACGAAUUUGAAGAAGAAAGUGAGGAAUGAAAAUGAAAAGUGUGAUCAAAACAAUGUUCAAAGUGAUCAAACGACAGAAAAUGAGCAAAGGAAACAAUGUCAAGGUCAAGAUUUGGAAGUGGAAGAUGAUACUACAGAAGCAGAGUUGAACACAGACUUUGGUGCAAAUGACCGUAUCAAUUUAUCAAUUUUUGGUGAUCUUUCUUGUAUUCAACAGAAUGUUCAAGAUCUUCAAGUUUGUCCACCAUUAUGUCGAAUGUAUGAUCAGCUGGAUGAAUUGUAUGGAGAUGAAGCUCGUCAUAAACUUGGAGUUCAGAAUGAAUUUCUAUUGAAAACACCAGUAAAAGGUCGACGUCAAACACUAGACAAACGAGAUGCUGUGACAAGAAAUCUUGCACGAAUAAUGGAAGGUGCAAAAGAAGAUGAAGUGGAGGUUGAACAAGUACAACAUGAUAUUUCAGUGGAUUUAUGUGAUGACAAUGGAGAAUAUGAUGAUGAUGACGGUCAGGAUUCUAUUGAAGAUAAUGUCAUUGAGAUCGAUUCUCCAAGUGACAAUAUAGAGAUUGAAAAUGAAACGAAAGUGAUUGAUUUGGUUGCCUGUGAUGAUGAAGAAAGUGUGCAAGAUGAUAGCACAGAAGCAAGUUCUCCACUUAAUCAGCAAGUGUCUUUAAUUUCAAAUGCUGCUGAUUUCUUUCGUGCAAAGGUGAACAAAAACAUACCUGAGAAUUAUGACAAUCAUCUCUUUUCACAGAUGAUUGAAUCAGCUUUGUUUCGAUCUGCUACAAUGGAAAAUGAAGACGAAGAUGGCAAGAAUGAUUAUUCGUAUUUUGAUGUGAAAUUACUUCGAAAUUGGGCAGGUCCUGGACACUGGAAGUUCCCUGCAGUACGUAAAGUUCAAAUGAAACAACAUAUUAAAGAAGAAACUGAUCAUCAUGGACUUGAAGUGGAUGAAGAUGGUCUAGUUAUCAAAAGUGAGCUAUUGGACUCAUCGGAUCAAGUGAGAAAAGGAACGAGUAUUGGAAUGGAUAAGAAAGUUGCUAUUCUCGUUGAUUUCUUUGGUGAAUCGCCUGAUUUAUCAAGAUUGAAAACUCCAAAGUCAACAUCAAGUCUAGAAAUCUCAAAAGGAAAUUUAAAGAGACAGAUGGAGAAUGCAGUUGAUCUUGUCUUGCCUGUAGACGCACAUAUUCAACUCGAUUUGUUUUUUCGCCAUUUUAUGAAGGAAAAGACUCGAUAUUUUCGAAACCGUAGUACAGGAUUGGAUAGCGCUCAUCGGGAAGGCAUUAAGAAAGAAACAUUUAAGUUUGGAGACAGUCGUGACGAUCUUGCUAUUGAUCAGGAUCAAGAAAUGCCUUUUACUUAUGAUGGUGGUGGGUUUGAAGGUGAGUAUGACGAUGAAGAUGAAAGCACGACUGAAGUUGAUGGAUAUGGUACAGAAGCGAUGUAUUCAGUAGAAGGUUUAGUUCAAGCUGAUCGCGUUGUAGAGAAGAUUGGCGUUCAUUAUGAACGUUUUGCUAAGCGUGUGGAUGUCAAGAAGUUAAAAGGUACCAUUUGGGAGGAUUUGGAGAAACGAAUUGUUGGAAAUCGUGAAGAGAAUGUUGAGAAAAAUAACGAACGUGAUAACGAUGCGAGUGAAGGAAAUUCACGUAAACGUUUGCUUGAAAAUGAGGAAAACAAUCGUAUUGAAACAAACUUUUCUAGUAUGGUGGAAAGCGUUGCUAACAAGGUGCCUUCGAACGUCACAGUUUCUUUUUACUUCAUUUGUGUGCUUCAUCUUGCAAAUGAAAAGGGUCUGGAAUUAGUUGGUCAAACGAAUCUUUGUAAUUUUCAGAUUCGAAAAGAAUAA